AUGGCGAUGGCGGUGGUGGUCUUCGUCGCCACGGCGAUGGCGGUGGUGGUCCUCGUCGCCAUGGCGAUGGCCGUGCGGGUGAUGCUCUUCCUCGUCGCCGUGGCGAUGGCCGUGGUGGUGGUGAUGCUCUUCCUCGUCGCCGUGGCGAUGCUGGUGGUGGUCCUCGUCGCCACGGCGAUGGCGGGGGGGCUGCUCCUCCUCGUCGCCAUGGCGAUGGCCGGGGGGGUGCUCCUCCUCGUCGCCAUGGCGACGGGGCUCCUCCCCGGCAUCCUCGUCGCCAUGGCGACGGUGCUGGUGCUGGCGGCCCUGCUGGGGGCCGGGGGGGCCGGGGGGGGCCCCACGGCCCUGGGGGUCCCGCUGGGGGUCCCGCUGGGGGUCCCGGCGGCCCUGGGGGUCCCCCCCGGGCGCCCCCCGUGUCGCCCCGUCAACGUGACGGUGGCGGCCGAGAAGGACGAGUGUCCCCAGUGCCUGGCCGUGACCACGACGGCCUGCGGGGGCUACUGCCGCACCCGGGAGCCCGUGUACCGCAGCCCGCUGGGGGCCCCGGCGCAGGCGGCCUGCGGCUAUGGGGCCCUGCGCUACGAGCGCCUGGCGCUGCCCGGGUGCCCCCCCGGCGCGGACCCCGCCGUCGCCGUCCCCGUGGCCCUGAGCUGCCGCUGCGCCCGCUGCCCCAUGGCCACCGCCGACUGCACCGUCGCCGGCCUGGGGCCCGCCUUCUGCGGAGCCCCCGCCGGCUUCGCCCCCCAAUAA